UGUUUGCAGCAUUCCCCGCCAGUCCUCGAAGCCCUCGCACUCCCCGGACUCCCACUGGCAUUAAAGAAUUCAAAAAACCCGCGAAACCUCUGAAACGAGAACACCGAGUCGUCAAAGUUUACGAGCACCCCGAAUCCGAUCUACCUGUUCGACCACGGACUGCGAGGCUUCAGCCUGAACGCCCUGCACCACUGCUGAACCUGCCCGAACUACCAUCCUGGUCGCAACCAGAGCCGAAGAAGGAGCGUUCGAAGGGGUUUGGACGGGCAUGGCUUGACAAUGGUCGAACGUGGCUGGCCCAGAUCCGACCGCCAUGGAAGGAGAAAUCGAAAGAUUCAGAGUUCAGAAUCCCACCUCCAACUCCCGAGUCCGCACAGUUCAUUAACCAACGGUCCGCACGGCGGUAUGGCUUCGCAGGCCCUUCCAAAUCCCCGAAGAUCUGGGGAGACGAUUACGAGGCAUACAUGUCUGGCGAGGAAGAUGCUCAUGACCCUCCACCACUGUAUACCAAGCACGCGCCCGAGGGAGGGAUUCGAGGAUGGACAACAGUUGCUGGAGCCUUUCUGAUCCAAUUCUGCACCAUUGGGUAUCUGUUCACAUGGAACGUCUUUGAAGGUCACUACAACCACGUCUUCUUGACCGACGAAAACCCAAUGGUCGUUCGUUUCAUUGGAAGUGUUCAAUGGUUUCUUGCCUUCCUCCUCUCCCUUGUGGCAGGGAAACUCGCCGACAGCGGCUUCUUCCAACAUUCCGUCCUCUCUGGGUCGCUCUUGUUUUCCGUUUCGCUCUUCCUUCUCUCCUUCGUCAACGAAGAAGAAUUUGGUCUUGUCUUUGCAUGCCAAUCCAUUGGUAUGGGCAUCGGGAUGGGCCUUGUCUUCGUUCCAACGGCAACAGUUGCAUUGCACUACUUCAGGCGCAAGAGGGGACUCGCUGUUGGGAUAGUGAUGAGCGGAGGUUCCUUUGGCGGGAUGAUCUUCCCUCCUAGCCUCAGAGGCAUGAUUCCCGAACGUGGCCUUGGAGGCGCUGUCCGUGUUACUGGGUACAUCAUCCUCGGAUGCCUCGUCAUCGCCAACUGCUUGCUCGUCACACCACCGAAAGAGGAGAAGCCCCUCUACCCUCUGCCCCGCCUCGAUCUCGCAAAGUACAGCAAGGAGAAAGAAUACCUGUUCGCCGCAGGAGGGAUGCUCCUCAGUAUGCUCGUCAUCUACUACCCUGGUUGGUACUUGGACGUCCUCGGACUUGAGAGAGGCGCCGACACACAAUCAGCCUUCAACUCUGUCGUGGUUCUGAGCCUCACAGGUAUCAUCGGACGCGCGGGCCUGGGGUUUGCUUCCGACAUUGUCGGUGUCUGGAACCUCCUCAUUCCCGUCAGCGGUGGUGUCGCUCUCAUGCUGUUCACGACAUGUGCUGUGCAAGGCACCAAAUCGCUCGUCGCAGCGUCAUUCUUCUACGGUCUCUUCUCUGGCGCAUGGUUGUCGCUCAUGGUGACGGCGCUCUCUUCACUAGCGUCGCGUAUGAGCGAAGUUGGGACCCGAGUUGGCCUCAUCCUCUCUAUCAGCAGCUUCGGCGCCCUCCUCUCUGCGCUGAUGCAAGAUGGUAUGCUGACAGCCAAUCGCCUUUGGGUCGUCCCCUCAGUGGUAUAUGGUGUCGUUUUACUCGGCGUUACGGCUCUGGCAUACUUCUCGAGGAUGUCGGUGGGGAACCAGAUCGCCUACGGCAAGCGGAAGCGCUUCAAAGGAAUUCCAAUCCAGCUCGUAUAAC